AUGUCACCCAUCCCCAUCCCGCCCAUUCCAGAUGUCCCUCUCUCCCUUGCCGCACCCGCCGUCGCCACGACGUUGGCCUACCUGAACGCCAAAUACUCGCUCUUUUAUGACAUGACACUGAUCAAGGGUUUGCUGAAGAUUGCCGUAAAGUCCAGUCUGGCACAGCGCCGCGAUAACUUGAACCUGUUCUAUGUUCUGGAGAACCAUGCCCUCGCCUCAGCGACUCGGGACAAGCCAUUCAUCGUUUACAAUGGCCGCACCUUCAGCUUCCACGAGACAUACGAAAUGGCACUACGUUACGGUACCUGGUUCAAGAGAGGACACGGCGUCAAGCCAAAGGAGAUUGUCGCCAUGGAUUUCAUGAACUCGUCUAAUUUCAUCUUCCUGAUGAUGGGUCUCUGGAGCAUCGGCGCCGUUCCAGCCUUCAUCAACUACAAUUUGACAGGAAAACCUUUGACGCAUUCGGUCCGCACGUCGACUGCUAGAUUGCUGAUCGUUGAUGAUGAAGUCCGCAGUUGCUUCGCGCCAGAGCAGCUGGAAACCUUCGCAUCCACCGAGUUCCGUGAGGACAAGGGUGCUGUGGAGGUGGUAUUUUUCACACCAGAGGUGGAGGCUCAAAUCCUGCAGACUGAGCCGGUUCGCGAGGAUGACAAGGCGCGUCAUGGCUCCACCCUUCGCGAUAUGGCGCUGUUGAUCUACACCAGUGGUACAACCGGGCUUCCCAAGCCCGCUAUCGUGAGUUGGAAGAAAUGCUGGGACGGCAGCGUGUUCGUGGGCAAUUGGUUGGGCAUUACGCCAGCGGAUCGUUUCUUCACAUGCAUGCCACUCUACCACUCCUCUGCUGCCGUCUUGGGCUUCAUGUCUUGCUUGAUGGCCGGAGCGACGCUGAUUAUCGGCCGUAAAUUUUCUGCGAGGAACUUCUGGAAGGAGGCUCGCGAGAACAACGCGACAAUUGUUCAGUACGUAGGUGAGACCCUGCGGUACUUGCUGGCCGUCCCCCCGCAGAUCGAUCCGGCUACCGGCGAAGAUCUGGACAAGAAGCACAAUGUGCGGGCUGUCUUCGGCAACGGCCUGCGCCCCGAUAUCUGGAACCGUGUCAAGGAGCGCUUCAACAUCCCGACGAUUGCCGAGUUCUACGCAGCCACCGAAGGCACGUCUGGCUCGUGGAAUCUGUCGUCCAACGAUUUCACUGCGGGAGCGAUCGGUAGAAACGGCGCCCUCACCAAGCUGAUAUUGGGCAAGACGCUCGCCGUUGUUGAAGUGGAUCACGAGUCCCAGCAACCGUGGCGUGACCCACAGACAGGGCUUUGCCGCAAGGUGCCCAAUGGCGAGCCCGGCGAGCUCCUCUACGCCAUCGACCCCAACGAUCCCUCGGGCAAAUUCCAGGGCUACUUUAAAAACUCCAGCGCCACCGAAAGCAAAAUCAUCCGGGAUGUGCUGAGCAAGGGCGACGCCUUCUUCCGCACCGGCGACAUGGUCCGCUGGGACGCCGAAGGUCGCUGGUACUUCUCCGACCGGCUCGGCGACACCUUCAGAUGGAAGUCAGAGAAUGUGUCCACCAACGAGGUGGCCGAGGUCCUGGGCACGCACCCGGACGUCCACGAGGCCAACGUCUACGGCGUCGCGCUGCCCAACCACGACGGUCGUGCCGGAUGCGCCGCCGUCGUCUUCACGCACCAGACACAGGCCGCCAACCCGUCCGAACUGACCGAGCCGUCCCAGACCGUCCUGGACAGUCUCGCGGCGCACGUGCUGAAGAACCUACCCCGGUUCGCGGCGCCGCUGUUCCUGCGUAUCACGCCCGCAAUGCAGGCCACGGGCAACAACAAGCAGCAGAAACACAUCCUGCGGACUGAGGGCGUGGACCCGUCGCUGGUCAGCACUGCAGACAAGCUGUACUGGUUGCAGGGCGACACGUACGUGCCAUUUGACCAAAAGGACUGGAACCGGUUGCACGCCGGCCAAGUCAAGUUGUAA